AUGGACACAAUGCUUUACGACUACUCCAUUCCGGCCAUCAGCACGCUCCAGAGCUCGCUGAGCGACGCCGCGCCCUUCAUGGAGCUCAUGUCGAAGGUGUUCGAUCCCAAAUACGCCUUCCUCAUCUACUCGCCACUGGCCUAUCUGCUCGACCCGAAAGUUGGCAAGAAACUGAUCAUGACCACCGCCAUCGCCGAGUGGCUCAACCAAAUCCUCAAGUGGUUCCUCCACGGCGAGCGACCCUAUUGGUACGUCUACUCAAGUGGCCACUUCGACCCCCAGCAGACGCCCAUCAAACAGUUUCCGAUCACCUGCGAGCUCGGGCCAGGACAUCCGAGCGGCCACGCGAUGGUCACUGCAGCCGUCUGGUACGUCAUUCUGUCGUCGCUUCAGCAGGCCUACACCAACUACCAGUGCCAGCGUCAACAGGUGCACGACCUGAGGCACAACUUCGGGAGCCAGGCGGCCACCUGGGGCCUCUAUGCGACACUUCUGGCCGUCGUUAGCGUUUCGCGCGUCUUCCUAGGCUGCCAUUUCCCGCAUCAGUGUCUUGCCGGCGCCGCGCUGGGCCUUCUAGUUGCGCGCUACAUCUCGCAGCAGGACAUCAAGGCCAUGCAUUACGUUGGCGCCUCGCUGGUGCUCUUCGCCACGGCCUUUGGAACCUUUGGCCUGCUUCAGACGCUCGGCUUUGACCCCAGCUGGACCAUCAAGUUGGCCACCACGCACUGCGUUAAGCGCGAGUACAUCCACCUCGACACGGCGCCCUUCUUCUCCAUCAUGCGCUACUGCGGCUUUGCGCUCGGCUGCGGCUUGGGCCUGCUGUUCCCACUGAAGCAGUACGCGAACCAGCUCGUUCCAGUUGAGGCACAGCUCAUUGUCGAAGGCCCGGCCACGGCGGCGGGCGAGCCCGUCGUCGUGACCUCAGCGAGCGGCGAGCUGUACGCCGACGCCAAGAACCCGCUCUCGUCCCACAACAUCAGCUGGCUCUCGUUCAAACUCGUGAUGGCCAUGCUGAUGGCGCGCCUAGUCGACGAUCUCGGCCUGUUCGUGUCGCACGCCAACUUGCCCGUCUUCUACAGCGCCGCUUUCGCUGCUUACACGCUCUUCUCCUACGCCUUCACCAACUUGUAG